GAGAGCAGCGAGCUUGGAAAGUUCACGACCAAAUAGGUAACUGGAGUUGAAUGGCGAACCCGAGGUCAUGGCUGGGCUUGUAUCUACUCGCGUCCUGUCUUGGUGUAAUUGCAAGCCAGGCGUGCCCAAAAGGUUGGAAAGGAUAUGGUAAUUCAUGCUAUCUGUUUGUCAUACCUACUUUACAACUUCGACAGAUGAGCUGGGAGGAUUCCAGAGCUAACUGUUUAGGUUAUGGAGCUGACUUGGCUUCCAUUCUUAAUUCAUCCGAAGUCAAUUUUAUCUACCAAGAAACUAGUUUGUUAGGCAACUAUAAUUUCUGGAUUGGCUUGUAUCGUAACAAAACGACAAGUGACCCAAAAGAGGGCUGGAUCUGGAGUGAUGGUAGUAAUUUUACGGACGCUCGCUGGCUGUACGGUGAACCAAAUAAUUAUCUGAAAAAUGAAAACUGUGCUGACCUCAACGCAAAAAGCAAAGGCUGGAAUGACAAUGAUUGUGCUAAACUAUUUUCUUCCAUCUGCAAAAGGAGAAAAGGCCUCCCUGAUCCUACCGUCCCUACUGCUGGCCCACUUCCUCCGACUAAAGAUCCGCCCCCAAGAUGCGAUGUUGGUUGGGUGGCAUUUAACAGAUCCUGCUAUCGAAUGUUUUCAAAUUGGAAAAAUUGGGAUAGAGCAAAAAGCGUUUGUCGAGAUACCGGAGGGCAUCUUGUCAGAAUUGAUAAUGAUAAUGAGCAACACUUCUUGGCAGAAUUAGUCCGCCCAACGCGUCAUAAUUAUUGGAUUGGCUUGCACUUUAACUCUGCUGGACAAUGGGUUUGGGAGUUUCGUUCCAAUGAUUCUUUGAAGUACAAAAAUUGGCAGUCUGGUGAACCAAAUAGUUUAGGAAAAGAACGAUGUGUAGAAAUGUAUGGUCAUGCUCAAGCUGGUUAUUGGAAUGAUGCCAGCUGCUAUGGUUGGAAAUCGUACAUUUGUGAGAAGGAAGAAGGGCAAAAUAUGUGUCCUGAAGGUUGGAUCCCGUACAAUGAUACAUGUUACCAAUUUAAUAUGCGACCCUCGCAAAAGAUGACUUGGACAGAAGCUGAAGCAGCUUGUAAUGCAAUUGGAAAUUUUGCAUCGCUUGUUCAAAUAAACAGUCAAAAUGAACAAGAUUUUAUUUCGAAACGACUUCAAUUGGUCUCCAGCGAAGACGUUUGGAUAGGUCUCAAUGAUCUGAAGAAUGAAAAUGUGUUCCGCUGGACAGCAACAAACGCAGAAUUGGACAGCAUCAGAUUUGCAAGUUGGGCGAAUGGCAAGCCGAUUGAAAAUGCGGAGAAUCGCGACUGCGUGGUGAUGUUAGGUAUUAGGAAAGAUGGCGCAUGGUCAGUUCAAGAUUGCGCACUAAAGCGCAACUUUAUCUGUAUGAGACAUAGAGACUUGCCGUUUUGUAAUGGGCCACUUGGAAUGGAAAAUGGGAAGAUAUCAGAUUCUCAAAUUACCGCUAGCAGUUUUUCUCCUGGAAAUGAACCAGCCCGUGCUCGAUUCCGACACAGUGGCGCGUGGUGUCCCGCGAAAGCAAAUAAGAAUGAAUAUCUUCAAAUUGAGUUGCCAUUCUUAGCUGAUAUAAAGAAAAUCGUCACUGAAGGAAACGUUUCAACGUACUUAUUAAGAGAAAGUAAAGAUGGGAAAACAUUCAAAGAUUUUAAACCUUAUGGACAUACAAAAGAAGUGCGUCCAACCAAAGACGGAGACUACUAUUAUUUUGCCCCAACAAAGGCAUUCAUAGCAAAAGUUAUUCGAAUUUUCCCAUCCUCCUGGAACAGUUAUCCUUGUUUGAGGUUGGAAUUCGUUGGUUGUCGUGCACAAGCUCCUACGUCGACAGAGUGCGAAGGAAAUAACUGGCAGAAAGGGCCAGGAAAACUUUGCUUUCAAAUUAAUAGCGAUUACAAAACGUGGGAAGAGGCCCGUUCCACGUGCUUAGAGCGCGGAGGUGACUUACUGACAAUUACAAAUGAAAAGGAAAAGGAAGCAGUAGCCGACCAAAUCAAGAAUUCGUUCCAUGAUUAUUACUGGAUUUCUCUUAAUGAUCGUGAUUAUCGAGAUAUUUAUGAUUGGAGCAACGGUGACGCAAAUGGACUAAUCAAUUGGGGAACCGGAGCUCCUGAUAACAGUGGGAAAAUCAAUAGAAAAGCGUGUGUUAGAAUGAAACGAACUGGGUUGUAUUGGAAAGAUGAAGACUGCUCUAAUCGUCGACCGUAUAUCUGCAUGAAAGGAGUGCAAUAUACUCCAGCAAACUUUGUCGAUUACAGUCCAACUGGAGUGUGGGUAAGCAGUGCUAAAUAUUAUUGGCCUCUGUCAGCAGUUGAAAACAACAUGAUACUCGGUACUACAAUUGGAAAGGUGAACGGUAAAGUAAUUCCGACAACAGGAGUGAGAGAAAAAGCGAACACAGCGUUACAAUUUACUGGUGAAGGGUCAUACAUAGACCUGGGAAGGUUUGAUAAAGAAUGUUUUGGCGAUCCCAAAUACUGCGGCUUUGGUUUAAGCCUGUCGUUUAUGGCUUGGUUCGAUACAUCUGUUAUGAGUUGGACGAAACAAGUGAACAUUUUGGGUUCGUCAGGAGAUGAGAAUACAUCCAAUAAAGGAAUCAGUGUCUAUAUUCUAAAUAAAAAUCUCUGGUUUGUGUUAUCGAGAACAGCUGAAAGUAAAAAAGUGUCUGUACCAUUAGUCGAUAACGAAUGGCGACAUUAUGUAAUGAAAUGGAACAAUUCUCUUGGUCUUCGUGUUUCUGUAAAUGGUAAAGAUAUUCCUAGCACAACAUACACUGGCAAGGGUAUUGACACUCCAGUACAAAAUUUUACAAUUGGAUUUCAGCAAGGCUCUGGUUUUAAAUCUGGUACAAUCAAAAUAGCUUCAGUUGCUUUCUGGGACGUAAUCUUGCCAAAUGAUGAUAUUUCAUCAAUUUACAAAACUGAAUUUGGGGCAUGUCCAUUUGGUUGGUUUGGAUUUGGAAAGUCAUGCUACCAGAUUAACAAAGAUAUGAAAUCGGUUUAUUAUGCGUCAAGAGAGUGCAAAAAUGCAGGGGGAGAUCUGAUGAAUAUUGAUACAAAUGUUGAACAAGCAUUUAUCCUAACUAAAAAAGAUGUGGCUGACUCUUGGUUUGGUGUCCACGAUCAAACAAAAGAAAGCAUUUUCGUUGGAAGCAAUGGAAAACGGUUGUCAUUUUCGAACUGGCAUCCGGGAGAACCGAAUAACGCACGUGGUUAUGAGGAUUGUACAUAUUUACAAGAAGGGGGAUCAUGGAGUGAUGCAUCAUGUUAUUACAGAAAAAAAUAUAUAUGUGAAAAAGAAAAAGAUGUGAAUCUAAAGCCAACUAAUUCUACAGCAACAGCAACGCCAGUCACAAGUAUCACAAAAACCGCUCUUGCUUGUCACUACACCCGAAUCACAAUUGGUUGUCCUUCUGACUUGGUUAUCAAAGUUAACUCUGCAUUUUGGGGAAGAAGAGAAAAAUCGAAAUGUACUUUUAUCAGUGUAAAGUCCUGUGGCGAGGAUGUGACGAAUAAUUUGAAGAAAAAAUGUGAUCAUUAUGAAAACUGCAAACUCCAUGCUUCUGAAACCGAGUCAUAUCUUAAUACUAUUUGCCCAAGUGUUCAUAAAUAUUUGGAAGUGAAUUUCACCUGUGUUAAUGAUGCAGUUAAAAAGACAUGUAAAUCUGGAUGGACAGAGUUUAAAGCUAAUUAUGGUCGCUGUUAUCGUUUAUUUGACACACCUAAAACCUGGAGUGAUGCCAGAGCGACGUGUAAGAAAGCAGGAGCUGAGCUACUUAGCAUUUCUCAAAGUUCAGAACAGCCUUUUGCCACGAGUCUUAUGGAACGAGCAUGGUACUCUCGAGUAUGGAUUGGAUUAAAUGAAAAAACAAAAGGGGUUUAUGAAUGGUCUGAUGGCUCCUCAGUGUCCUGGACGAACUGGUAUGUUGGACAGCCAGACGAAAGAGGGACAGAUAAGAGUUGUGUGUACAUGAGCCUGAUACGAGGUAAACGGGGUUGGAUGUAUUGGAAAGAUUCGAAUUGCACCAGGAAAUAUCCUUUCAUGUGUGGUUAUUUCAUUGUUCCUACACAAAAGCCCUCAGCUGUUCCCACAGUUUUUGAUGGAAAUUGCGAUGCUGGAUGGGUGACAGAUAGAAGUCUGGCCUACUGUUAUCAUUAUAAACCCGGAAUUUCUAGACCAAAUUGGUUGAACGCACAAGACGCUUGCCGUACCGAUGGGGCGAAUCUCGUAAGUAUUCAAAGUAAAGAAGAAAAUGAAUUUGUCAGGAAAUUAUCGAAAAAUGCAAUGUGGCUUGGGUUGGAGGCAAAGGGUGUAUUUCGAGGUCAUGUAUGGUCAGAUGGUCAACCUGUUCGCUAUACUAAUUGGUCUGUGGGUCAACCUGACAGCUACAAUGGUCUCGAGGCUUGCGUUGAAAUGAACCCAGAUACUGGAGUUUGGAGUGACAGAGAUUGUAAUGAGCAUAAAAAUGUGAUUUGUAAGAAAGCUAAAGGUCUUACGCCAGUCACCGCGACUCCUGUCACAUAUCCAACACCAGGUUCUUCCCUGUGUAAAAAGGGCUGGACACUUUUCCAAGGAAUGUGUUACAUUAAAGGGAACGAUUCAUCCAACGAAUAUUUAACAUGGCAGGAUGCUGAGAAAAAUUGCCGUCGUCUUGGUGGUAAUAACUGCCAUCUGGCUAGCGUAAACAGUCAAGAGGAGCAGGAUUUUCUUUCGUUUCUAAUAAAAGGCAGCAAAAGUCGAGAUUUUUGGAUUGGUUUGAAUGACCUUGGAACUGAAGCGGAGUACAAAUGGACAGAUGGUUCUUUGUAUAACUACGCAAACUGGAACUCGAAAGAACCGAACGACUUUAAUCGACAGGAAGACUGUGUUCAUUUGAUUCCGGAUGGAAAAUGGAAUGAUCACCAUUGUCAGUUAAAGCUAUCUUUUGUAUGCAAGACAUAUAAUGAAUCCUAUAAACCGCCUGUUAAACCAACAGCGCUACCUAAACCUCAACAUGAUGGCUACUGUCCCGAAGGAUGGAUUGCUCAUGCUAAAUAUUGUUAUCAGUUCCAUACUGACCCCAGUGAAUACAGAACCUGGGAUGACGCAAGAGACGCCUGUGAACAAGGUCACAAUUCAAGUUCUUUUGGUGAAUUAGCCAGCAUUCACGACGAGUUCGAACAAUCUUUUAUCACAAUUAACGUGAAAACUUCGACGCAACCGUUAUGGAUAGGUCUGAACAACAAACAUCUAAACAGGUAUUUGUGGGUUGAUAACACGGCUUUCAAUUACGUCAAGUGGAAUACUGGGGAACCGCCAAGUUGGGGGUGGAAUAGAUGUGCCGAGUUUGUUCCUUAUCCUUCAGCUGCUGGUCGGUGGAUUUCUGUUUAUUGCAGCCAAACAAACGGGUACAUUUGCAAAAAAGCUGCUUCAGACACACCAUUGACACCAACACCAACAGUUAAAGCAUCAAACUGUGCCAAUGGUUAUGAAAGUUAUGAAGAAUCUUGCUUCAAAUUUGUUAAGACUCCGAAAAAUUUCGAUGACGCCAGAGAUAUCUGCCAGAAUGACAAAGGGGAUUUAAUGGUGGUUGAUGAUCAAUUCAAACAAGCUUAUCUAAUCUAUACCUUGGAAAGAUAUAUUGGAAAUAUAUGGAUUGGUUUUCAUCGCCAACCAUACUCCCAGUUCAAGUUUGUCGACAACAGUUUAACAGCACACACAUAUUGGGGACCUGGUCAACCAAGCCGUCAACAAGAUCAACGCUCUUGUGUUCAGGCGAAUGUAACUGGAUCAAACUUCGGUGCCUGGGAUGACAUGGACUGUGGCAUUGCUAAUCCAUUCAUUUGUGAAAUUUAUAAAGGGGAGCCGAAAGUUACCAUUCCACUGAACGGAAGCUGCCAGGAUGGAUGGAGGUUUUACAAUAAGCACUGCUACAAGCAUUUCACGACGAGACGGUCUUGGGGUGCAGCUCAGUAUGAUUGUUCAAAAUAUGGUGCAGAUUUAGUCAGUAUUCACGACGACAGAGAACAAGAUUUCCUGAUGUAUUAUUACCAAGACCGAUCUCAAUUUUCCCUCUGGACAGGUUUGAAUGAUCGAGAUGUGGAGCGAGGGUAUCGAUGGGUAGACAACAGUCCAGUAGAUUAUAUAAAUUGGGAAGAUGGUGAACCAAAUGAUUACAACGGGCGUGAAAAUUGUGUGGAAAUGAAAUCCAAAUCUGGACGAUGGAAUGAUCUGUACUGCACGAACAAUCUUGAAUACAUGUGCAAGAAAAAUAUAGAAUGUUCCUCGGCUAUAUCUCUGGACACAUCAAUGGUAACAGUCACUGAUACUUACGAUGCUACCAGCAUGGGUGCAGAACAAGCGAUUUUAAAAGAUGAGAAAGACCAAUAUACUUCUUGGUGCACGAAUAACACAUCUGGGACAGCAAAAAUCAUGAUUGAUCUUAAUCAAUUGACUCGUCUAACUGGAAUUACAGUCAUGGGUCGAAGUAACCAGUUUGUCAAAUCUUUUCGUAUUGAUUAUGAACGUGAUGAAAAUUGGCGUAUAUUCUAUCCAAACAGAAAUUUCCAAAGUGCAAUACAACUAUACUCUGGGUUGCCCUCGACUAAGAAAUUCAGAUAUCCAUUCACAGCUGAUGGACUUUCUAUCACACCAAUCACUUGGACUGGGGAUCUGAUUUGUAUGAAGAUACGACUGUAUGGAUGUGCUUAUGUAUGUCGAAGGCAACUAUUCGCACCAUUUCCUACCAGAAUAAAAAAUGAUGUGAUAUCGGCAUCAUCAGCGAAAUAUCCAAUUAACGAACCAAAACAAACAGGGACACUUGGGCAUUCGUGGUGUGCUGAGAAAAACGAUAAAAACCAGUGGAUUCAGUUUACAUUUGACAAGGAAAAUGUUAUAUCUGUAAUUCGAACGUUCGGUGAUAGAAAGAAAAGUUACGUAACAAAGUACUCCAUACAAUUUAGCGAGGAUGGAACGAUAUGGACGGACUAUAUGGAGAAUGGAGUUAAACGGAUAUUCCAAGGAAAUAACAAUGCAAAUAGUCCUAAAAAACACACUUUAGCCUAUCCAAUCGAAACUUCGUAUGUUCGAAUUAUCCCAAGCAGUUGGAAUGAGAAUAUUUGUAUGAGAAUAGCGUUACUUGGAUGCGAGGCAGAUUGCAGUAACCCAUUGCUUUCUACGGAUAAAGUUUCGAAACCUAGAUAUUUAUCUUCGGAUGAAAAUUCAAAUCCUGAAUAUGCUUUAUUUAACAGUGGAAAUGCUUGGUGCACAGAUAAAACACCACUUAAAGAGCAAUACUUAGAGAUCAGGCUUGGUGUUAGAUACCGACUAUCCAAGAUUGGUACGCUGCCCAGCCCGGGAGAUAAUAACGAAGGUGGACAAAUAACAGCAUUUACCAUGAAAUACAAAAAAGGCAAAAAUUGGUUUGUUCAUGGUCCAAAAGGUGUAGAAAAGGUAAUGAUUGCCAUAAACCAGAAUGACAAAUCAAAACCAAUGUUUAAUGCCCUCACAGACUACGAGCGUAACCAGAAUGGCUUGUCUACAAAAGGAAUAAGAAUUUAUCCAGAAUCCUACACAGGAACACGGAUCUGCAUCAGAGUGGAAUUGUAUGGUUGUCUUGCAGGAGCUGAAAUCAUUCCAACGACUCGACCAACUGAGCAAAAAGUUGACAUAUCUUUUCGCAUCACGAGCAUUGAUUGGAAUGAUAAAAUGAGUGAUUCAAAAUCUAAAGAAUUUGCUGAAACAAGUGAAAAGAUUAUAAAAGCGGUGGAAACUGUAUACAGCGAAAGCGAAUCAUUUCGAAGUGCCAAAGUCCUUAAGUUGACGAAAGGAAGCGUUGUCGCCGUCAUUGAAUUGACAUUUAAUCCAGAAUUUGACGAUGAUGACAACGGCACGUUAAACCUGAAAGCUGCUGUGGAAAGUGGUAAAGUUGGAUCACUUAAAGUGGACAAAGAAUCGUAUAAAAAGCUAGGAGAAGGAAAUAUACAAGCUAGCACAGGAGACGACUCUGGCAGUCUUUCUCGUGGAGCAGUUGCUGGUAUCGUUAUUACUGUCCUAGUUUUGUUGGCACUUGCUGCUGGUGUUGCGUUCUUAUUUUAUCGUCGGCGGCAUCCGAAGAACGAUUUUGCUCCAACACAUUUCGAGAAUCCCAUGUCGUUUUCUUCAAAGGCUUACGAUAUAAAUGAAUAAAAAUAGCCGCGACAACGCGGAUAGCUUGAUUUAGCAAAAUUAUAAAUGAUAAAACGAUCGAUGUACAGAAUUUUCCCAGGCACAAUCAAUGUGCACAAUUCGUCUACGAUGACGAUAAACAGCUUCAAGAAUGACUGAAAGUUUAGGCUGUUAUUACUUCAUGGAAUAGAGUGUAAGGGCCUAAUUCCACGGGCGGUUUUUCUUGGCGAAAUGCGAAAUAUUUCGCCUGUUUCUUUUGAAUUUCGACCACUUGAAUAAAUUAAUUCUGCUUCAUUGCUCACAAUUCAAAAGAAGCAGGCGAAAUAUUUCGAAUUUCGCUUGAAAAUUUAACCCGUGGAAUUAGGGCUUAAGAAAACGGCUCAUUUUCCAGAUAUUUUCCGAAGUAUUGAAUAGCGGAUUGAAGGCAAAAACAAAUAGAACAAUGAUGUUAUUAACCAAAUAUUAUUUAAUAGAAUAAAUUUUUCGCUAUGUUCACAUGCUUGCCGAUGGGCCUAAAAAUGAAAUAAAAGCGUGCUUCGAGUAUGCACCGCAUGAAAUAAUAUCGGAAUCAACUAUUUGUGGAUUAUAGCCCUUUACAGUUUAUCCAGACUAGUCAGUACAAGAACCUGGGCAAAACUCAAUUUAUCGACUGCAAAAGUGAGUGACUGGAAUGACAUUUAUGAAUAAGUAUGUCGUUUGCUAAACUAGCCGUUUUAUUUCGUUUUGAAUGUAAGUAUUCCGAAUACAUGGUUGUUUUUGCCAGUUUAAUGUAUUCCAUUUCCCUAAAUGCAUCUAGUGUCCAAAGUGUGUGCCAAAUUUGGACAGGGAAAUUGAAAGAGAAAGAAAAAGCUCCUGCAAAGUGCAAAGUUGACGUCAUCAAAUCAUGUGGAUGUAUACCAGGCAAGAAAUGCCAAGUAUUUUAUCCAUGUGUUUGGCGAAUACUGUGAGUUUCUUUUGAAUAUUUUGACUAUCAAUAUACUUAUUUUUUAGGGGAUGCAACUUUAUUUUACUAUAUAUCAGGCAAGGAGAAGUAAGCAUGCCCCUUUCAAUCUUGUAAUUUAUUAGCGCACAAUAUUGACGGAGUUGUAUCACUUGCAUGCUCCCCCCGGAAUAUAUCUGACCUGGCGGCUGACUGGACCGGUUAA